AUGGACUACGCGGGGCUCGCCGAAACGGCCGUCGAGAAGAUGGAGUUGUACCGGCGGGACCCCGGCGGCUGGCGGGGCUGCCGCCGCACGAGCGAGGUUGCGGUUUCCUGGAGACCCUCCACGGAGUUCGCUGGCAGCUUAUACAGGGGAGAGGGGACCCUGCUUGCCAGCCCCCAGGAUGUCUGGGAAUGCAUAAAGCCGGUGGCCGGCGGGUCCAGGACCAAGUGGGAUCAAAACGUGAAGGACUUCGAGGUGAUCGAAGCCAUCAGCGAUACUGUCUCUGUGUGCAGAACCACAACCCCUUCAGCUUUCAUGAGGAUUAUUUCACCAAGAGAAUUUGUGGAUGUGGUACUAAUGAAGCAGUAUGAAGAUGGGACGAUGUUGUCUGCUGCCACCAAUGUGGAGCACCCGCUGUGUCCUCCUCAGCCAAACUUUGUGCGAGGCUUUAACUACCCCUGUGGCUGUUUCUGUGUGCCUUGCCCAGGGGAGCCAGAGAAGACCCAGCUCCUCAGUUUCUUUCAGACUGAUCUUGGUGGCUACCUUCCCCAGUCAGUGGUGGACUCCUUCUUCCCAGCAAACAUAGCUACAUUUUACAGUAACCUCACCAAAGCUCUUAAGACAUUAAAAGCAUGACAGGACCA